GAGUAGGAGGGGGCGCCCGGCUAUAUAUAGCGGCCCGGCCUGGGGCUGGCCCAGCGCGCAAGGAGGCGCGCACCGCUUCGCAGGGUCUCAUCCUCGCCGUGCGUCCCUCACGGCUGCCCGCCGCUCCAUGCAGCCCCGGUAGCUCCGGGCACCUGGGGGCCCCGUCGCUCGCCUCCCGCUCCACCCUCGGCCACGCACUCCCUGCUCCGGCCCAGGCCGUGUGCUCCCGCGGACCGCCACAGGAGCAGCUCGGCCCCCGGCUGCCCGGGCGCACAGACCGCCUGACGGACGCACGGCCCGAGGGCGGGGAUGGCGGGGCCCGGGGCGGCCGCGGCGGCGCUGCUCCCGGCGGUCCUGCUGGCGGUUCUGGCGCCUUGGGUCGGCCGUGGGGGCGCCGCCGCGCCCACCGCACCCAACGGCACGCUGGAGGCCGAGCUGGAGCGCCGCUGGGAGAGCCUGGUGGCGCGAUCGCUGGCGCGUCUGCCGGUGGCCGCUCAGCCCAAAGAGGCGGCCGUCCAGAGCGGCGCGGGCGACUACCUGCUGGGCAUCAAACGGCUGCGGCGUCUCUACUGCAACGUGGGUAUCGGCUUCCACCUUCAGGUGCUCCGCGACGGCCGCAUCGGCGGCGUGCACGCGGACACGAGCGACAGCCUGCUGGAACUCUCGCCGGUGGAGCGGGGCGUGGUGAGCAUCUUCGGCGUGGCCAGUCGGUUUUUCGUGGCCAUGAGCAACAAGGGCAAGCUGUACGGCUCGCCUUUCUUCACCGACGAGUGCAAGUUCAAGGAAAUACUCCUCCCCAACAACUACAACGCCUAUGAGUGCUACAGGUACCCCGGCAUGUUUAUUGCCCUGAGCAAGAACGGGAAGACCAAGAAGGGGAACCGAGUGUCCCCCACCAUGAAGGUCACCCACUUCCUCCCCAGGCUGUGACCUCUGGAGCCUUCCCUCAGCCUCCGGCAGCUCUCAGAGGGGAGCGCCCAGGGCCACCUUGGUGCACCUCUAUCUAUGGACAGUUUGAUGCAAGAGUCGGUGUAAGAUAUUUAAAUUAAUUAUUUAAAUAUGUAUAUAUUGCCACCAAAUUAUUUAUGGUUCUGUGGGUGUGUUUUGUAUUUUUUCUGAAAAAAAGACAAAAAAGUAGAAACAAACU